CUCACUGCCAGCGUUUAACGUUUAAGCAUCAAGUAGUAUGGACACGUACUUUGCUGUUCUCCCAACAGACGUCAUAGACUCCGUUAUACUGCAAAUCAAUCACUCCAGCCAGUCGUCGCGCCCUGCACGUUUCCUUCGCCUUCCCCAUCCACGGACAGGUCUUCCAUCGUUAUUCCUGCCUCACCAACCACAAAGAGGUGAAAGUGAUGGUGGCGAGGAGCAGUCACCAAUGAUUCUUGAAGUCCAGACGGUUGCGCCUCCAGGCGCCCGCUCUUGGUUUAUAGGAGAAGAGGUUGUCUCUGAUGGGAGGCUCCUAGUCAUGACACCAAUCGAUCCACUAUUCCUUCUAAUACCGAUACUUGGAGCAACCAUUGUGGAGGGAGGUGGACAGGUCAAUUUCCGUCCGGCAGACGACAUAUUCGAAGAAGCUGCCACGAAAUUUGCAGAGGCAACCCAUCCGUCUGGGUCACAGGAUCCAUCUUUCAUUGUCACACCCGACGAUAUUGUGACAUUCGGUGCACUUGAUUGCACAAUGCUCGCGAUGAGACGUAUAUGCGAGACUAAAGAAAUCACAACCGACAUCACGGUUUUCAGGUAUUCACAGGAAAGGCUCGUGGAACAACUGACGAAAAAAGUCGCGGCACUAGCCACACCUCGGAUUACGGAGAUGUCGCGCUGUUUAAUCCGUGGCCUUGCAAAAAAUGAGCUUAUGGAAGAUAAGCACGAGGAUUUGCUGGCAUUGGGAAGGACGCAGCUGGCUUGCGACUUAGUGUCACAAUAUCUUCCCGCGGACAUCCGGACGGCAUUAAUAGCUUCUUUUGACUUCACACCACUCGAAAGCCACGUCAGAGCCCUACAGAGGCACCAUUUGAAUCCGUCUCCUUCCGGUGGUGUCGCUGGCAAGAAGGACAGGAAAAGGACCUCGACGGUCUCCGAGGGAACCAGCGUAAAGCGAAAGAAGGAACCGAAAGCAUCUCAAGGUGUAGAAAAGUUGAAGAAGGCGAGUGUUGAUGGAAUGGCUAAACUUUCGACCUUCUUUGGAAAGAAGACCGUGUAACUAGAGGUAGGACAGAGAGACAGAGAGAGAUUCCUCUCUACUCCAUCCAUAGUCGUGACCCGCUCUGACGCAUCAGCCCAACACUGCUCCCUCCAUUUAUAAUGCACUCAGAGAUGACGCACAUUGCAUCGGAAGCUAAAACUGGGCACUAAGUUACACA